UGUUGUCACUGUUGUAACGACACCAUCAUUCUAAUGACACCACCACCAUCAUUAUUGUAAAUGUUGUAAGGACACCAUCGUUGUAAUGACACCACCGUCACCAUUGUAACUGUUGUAACGACACCAGCAUUGUAAUGACACCACCACAUCAUUAUUGUGAUGACACCGCCGUCACCAUUGUAAUGACACCAUCAAUCACCAUUGUAAUUACAUCAUCAUCAAUCAUCAUCAUUCAGAACCAACAGCGGCGGCGGCAGCAGCAGCAGCACACGAAUCUAUCGCCCCCUUCAGAGCGCAUGCACCGUGUGCAUCCAUUCCAUCAGCUCUCUCCUCCUCCUCUCCCCCACCUAACUCUCUCCCGCCUCCCCAUCCACACCGCGCAUCACUGCCAGCUCCGACACACGCGCGCGCACACACACACACACGCAUGCUCUCUCCCUCUCUCACACACAUACAUACACACGCGCGCGCGUCUCUGCGAUUCAGAAGCGGGUCACCGCUUCCGAGCCAAGGGUUGGGUUGGGGGGGGGGUGGUGUUAGUGGGUAACGUUUUAAUCAGGAGCCCACGGUUCAUCGUCGCUCGAUGGAAGACCUCCGGUAUAAGAGGAGCAGCAACAUCAGCAGCAGCAGCAUUUGCCAUCACGAGUACAGCGACCAGCGCAGCUGCCGGAGACGGAAGGAGGGAGACGCGAUGAGAAUUGACUAAGGUCGCCGACGCGCGGACGGACAACGCGAAGCGAGCGGUGUUGGCUGGCCGCCGCUUGGCUGGUUAGCUCGGUGGGACGACGCAGGGAGGAGGAGGAGGAGGAAGGGAGGAACGAAGGGAGGAGGUAUGAUGAGCGGGGUGGGAGAGCGUGGUAUGGGUUUCGGGGAUGUAUAGAAGCAGCCAGAGAUCCGAUGAGAGUGAGAGAGAAUAUAGAAUAUAAUUAUUGGUAUCAUUAUCAUCAGCAGCAGCGGCAGGGGCUUUCACAAUCAGCAUCCGAGGCAGCGAGCGGUGGUCGCCUCUUCGUGCCGAUGUCAUUCGGCGACACAGGCGGCGGAUUCGCUUUCGUUCUGCCGUCUAAAAAAAACAUCGCCGCUUUUAUGCGUAUUAUUGGACGAUUGUUGAUCGUUCACAUUGCCGCUACGCUUGUAACGAUUUGUAACAAUAGUGAGCCCGUCUCGAACAAUGCCUCUUCAUUGUCGCCGUUUGUACGGUAACAAUUAUUAUUAUUAAUACAUUAGUUAGUAUAGGGAAGGAACUGCCUUCACACGACAAUAAUACUGCACGGUCGUCAGUAUUGUUAUAACCUAUUGUUCAUCACUGUUCCGUAGCAUUCGGUACUCACGUGAGGUUUUUUUUUUUUCCCCCGUACCAACUACGAAUACGGGAACAUUUCCAAUCUUCUCCGACGACUAUUAUUAUUGUAUAAUUAAAUAUAAUUGUUUGGAUACGCGACUCCUAUCGUUGCUCGCGGUGUUCAAUCGCAAACGACACGAAAUCAAACACAACGCGUCUGUCUGUAGCACUACCUCUUAAAAGGAGGAGGGUGGGGCGGGUAAAUAUAUAUAUCAUCGGCGACGUUUCGGGCGAGAGGCCAGAGAGAUAAGUCAUCAAAUCAUAUCGGCUGCUACAGCUGUCGCGGAAUAGGAGAACGGGGGUGGGGCAAGGGAUAUCACGGCAGUCGCUUUGACGCGACUAUAGCCUCGGUAGAUAGCUGGCUAUAGACAGAGAGCUGCUGGCUAAGAUAGCUGGCCAGAUCACACGGCGAAAGGAAGGGGGUAAGAGCCACCACCAUCAUCAUCACCAUCAUCGUUAGCACCGGCAGUAGCACCAACGACGACAGCCAGCAUGAUGAAACGCAAGUUCAAGUUGCUGCUCGUGGCCGUGCUGGUGCUCGCCUGCUGCCUGCACAUCGUGCUGGACCUCCUGCCCGAGCUGGAGAGGCGCGUGCUGCGAGCGGACGACUGCGGUUGCGGCGCGGCGGGCGGCGUGGCACGGCGCUCCCCGGGCUCCCGGCACAACGCCGCCAACGACGGAGGCAAGGCGGCUUUGAGAAUUCUGCAGGACGUCAGCAGCGGCGUGGUCGGUGGUGGUGGUGGUGGGUCAUCGAACAGCAGCUACCACCACCAACACCAUCAUCAACAACAACAACAGCUGCUGCGGCAGGGUACGCCGGCGGCUAACGACGGGGGCGACGGGUCAUCUCGUGGCCGGAAGAGGACUGCGGGCGAUGAUGGCGUUCCGGCAGGCGGCAUCAAAGGGGUCAAGAGGUCGAGGGAUGGUGGCGGUGGCGGUGAUGAUGAUGCGGAGGUGGUGAUGGUGGAGGACUCGGCGUGGUCGACUCUAGACGCGCUCUUCGCUCACCCUCUCUACACGGUGACCGUUGCGACGCCAGCCAAGGAGGACCUUCUCUUCAUCGUGGAACCAGGAGCCAAAUUUAAUCCCAAGAGUAAACGCCUGGACAGCGAUGGGUGGACGAGUGACCCGGCGGCCGAGCCAAUCCCCGGCCCGCAGGCCGCGGCGAGCCGCAGUCCGUACGACACGUACCCCAACUGGCUGAGGUUCCACGUGGGGAUCACGCGGCGCGCCAUGUACGGGCGCCGGGCGCCAGUGGUGGACGCCCUCCUGGGCGACCUGCUGAGCCAGAAGAUCGUAAGUGUGGUGAUGAAGUCGGGCGGCACGCAGCUCAAGCUCAUCAUGACCUUCAAGAACUACGGCCAGGCGCUCUUCAAGCCCAUGAAGCAGCGGAGGGACCAGGAGACGCCGCCCGACUUCUUCUACUUCUCCGACUUUGAGCGGCACAACGCGGAGAUCGCCGCCUUCCACCUGGACCGCGUGCUCGACUUCCGCCGUGUGCCGCCCGUGGUGGGGCGCCUCGUGAACAUGACGCGCGAGAUCCGCGACAUCACCAACGACAGCAAGCUCGUCAAGACGUUCUUCAUCUCGCCCGCGAACAACGUGUGCUUCUACGGCGACUGCUCGUACUACUGCACGACGGAGCACGCGCUGUGCGGGCGGCCCGACCAGCUGGAGGGAUCCCUCGCCGCCUUCCUGCCGGACACGGAGAUCGCGCCACGCACCUCCUGGCGCAACCCGUGGCGCCGCUCCUACCACAAGCGGCGCAAGGCCAACUGGGAGAUCGACCCCAACUACUGCAGCGAGGUGCGGAAGACGGCGCCGUACAACUCCGGCACGCGGCUCCUGGACGUCAUGGACAUGACGGUGUUCGACUUCCUCAUGGGCAACAUGGACCGGCAUCACUACGAGACGUUCGAGAAGUUCGGCAACGAGACGUUCAUCAUCCACCUGGACAACGGGCGCGGGUUCGGGAAACACUCUCACGAUGAGAUGACCAUCCUGGUGCCUCUGCAGCAGUGCUGCUGCAUCCGCAAGUCCACCUACCAGCGCCUGCAGCUGCUCACGGAGCCCCGGUACCGUCUGAGCGCCGCCAUGCGCGAGUCCCUGUCCCGCGAACCGCUGGCGCCCAUCCUGAUCGAGGCUCACCUGCGGGCGCUCGACCGCCGCCUGCUUCUCGUGCUGGACGCGGUGCGGGCGUGCGCGGCGAAGCUCGGCGUCGACGCCGUCGUCCUGCCCGAGCCGCCCGCGGCCGUGGCGGCGCCGCGAGGCGCGGGCAAGGACCGAGGAAGGAAAGGAGGAGGAGGAGGAGGA